UCCUCCAAGACUAGUUGGUUACAGAUCUCUGGAUCCAACUGUAGUUGGGCCGUCCCAACUGUAACACUCAAGUUGGGCGGGACAAUUAUAAAGUUGGGAUGAAACCUCAUCACGUCCGUCCGUCUGCUAGCUAGAAAGUUAGUUGUUCCAGAAGUUCCAUGGUUCUUCUGACAGAAACUGUAAAUUGGUUUUCUGUGUACUGUCUGCUGAACAACCUCCUGCAAUGUCCCCAGUAUGGACUCCCCUCAAGACGCCACCAGAGCCUGAUGAUAUCCACAUGAUGUCCGAUGAUGCAUGGACUAUACUACAUGCUCUGCGUGAGGCUCAUAGAAAAAGAGAAGAAGCGAGACAGCAGAGACUAGUCCCUUUAGAUCCGAAGUCAUAUUACAAGACCCUCUACCAGGAAAGUUUCAAAGAUGAAAAUCCCUCUCAGGAUGCUAUCAAAGCUGAGAGCUCAGAGAGAAGUGUUCCAAGUAGAGCUGAGGUGGUUGAAGGCUCGACAGAGAUUAAGAGUGAGGAUAUAUCAUCUCAGAAUCCUUCUUUGUUUAGUGUUGGCAUAGAGCAAGCUUCUAUCCCUUCAUCGACACGAAGAGGUACCCAUCAGAUAGGAUUUACAAAUGCAGGAGGAUACAGUAAGGAUGCUGAUUGGCAUAGGCUAGAUGGUGGCCACCACAAAGGACUAGAGUCUUCUAGGGUUCAUAGGUCAGAUUUUGAGAGAGAGGCCAGCAGUGGUGAGAAUGCUAGGUACACUGCUUCAUCGACAUGUAGUAAUCCACCACAGUUAAGAUCUGAUCCUCAUGGUGCUCCACUUAUCGGCAGUGUACCUGUUUCAUCCCAGCUUUCAAACAGCCCUCCGAUCGACACAAAUUAUUAUCUGGAGUUCCAACAAACAGUUGAGGAGUCCAGCAGGGACCUAACUAGGAAUCCAGAGCAUAUUGAGGGUAGUAGUGAUCUUAGUUUAAUGAAAACCUUAGGAAACAGUGGUUCAGUUAGUAAUCUCUUAGAUAAGAAGGACAUAGUUCAUCCUGCUAGAAGAGCUAGAAACACUGAUGGAGAUGGAGAGUUAGCCUUUCAUCAAGACGCUGUUAGUGUAGAAAAGCAACACCCAGGAGUAGGGCAGUUUGUUGAAGUAGUGGCAUCCAAGCUUCCAGUGGCUGGAUUAGAGACUAGAAUUACAUCAGGAAAUAAACAAACAUCUGAUCAGACUGUACUAAGACAAGUUGACUUGAAGAGGAAGGCCUUUGACAGCUCAACGUCACAUCAGCAAGAUGUGCCUUUGAAGGUCAAGAAUAGUCGUGAGCUCCAAGGCCUACAGUCUAACAUCAACAAGUCAGGGCACCCUACACUUGAUAAGCUGUUUGGUGGUUCUACUUCUAGCAUCACUUCAACAACGAUGUGUAGUAAGGAAGAUGGAAUGAUCAAGAGUGUUGCCGGAAUGACAGUCAGAUCAAGGGUUGAAGUUUGUGAGCGAUUGAUUGAAGUAGAUGAAGUUUACAUGUGUCUUGUAUACAGAGAUGGAUCAUCUCAGUUAAGAGAACCCCAAAGUUCAUCAAAUAAGAAGCGUUGUAUUGGACCCAGUGAUGGUGCUGCUGAGUGUCUGGUGAUUACCUACACCGAGCAAGGAGGAACAGGUGUGAGGAAAACAAUGAGUCAACUGGAGGGGAUUUCCCUACCACUCAAAAUUGCUGACAUCGAAGUGCACCAAUGGAGCAGGGAAACUCUUCUUAAUGUAAUGAGUAAUGAGUCAAUCCAGAAGAUUUGCUUUGAUGCUCAGGAGAUGAUUCAUGCAGUUCUUGUAAGCUUCAAUCUGGACCCUGUGACAGUAGCUUCCAAGUGGCUGGUGUUUGAUCCUAAAGUGGCUGCUUGGCUCCUAGACGCUGAUCAUCCACCAAUCACAUUCACCGAUCUACUCACCACGUACCUGCCUGAUUAUAAGAAAUGUUCAGCUACCUACAACGACCUGGCCUUACUUGGAUCCGUUAUGAAGCAUUUAUUCCCCCGUUUGAAGGAGGCUAACCUAUGGCAGCUGUUCCAAGAUGUAGAGAUGAGACUGUGCCCGAUCCUAGCAGCAAUGGAGGUUCAAGGAAUUUCUGUGCAUUCAAAGACAUUGGUUCAGUAUGCUGAGAUACUGCAGAGUAAGAUCCUGCAAGUAGAGCAAGAAACCUACAAGGCAUCGGGUCAUUCCUUCCAGAUUGCUAGUCACACUCAACUAAGACAUGUUUUGUUUGAAGAGCUGCACCUUGACAAGCUGUGCCAGGGGAAGAAGCUAGCACGGACAAAUGUCUUGAACCUGAAAUCAACUUCAGAAACCGUGUUGAAUAAACUGCAGUCACUGCAUCCCUUGCCAAAGUUAGUGCUGAGAUACAGACAGCUUGUCAAACUCAAGUCAACCUACGUUGAUGGACUACUAGAAAGUGUUGACCAUGGUUAUAUACAUACCAGCUGGGAACAGACGGCUGCAGCGAGUGGUCGUUUACAGUCUGCUAAUCCAAAUCUUCAGAAUAUCCCAAAGCAGUCGGUUGUUGUUGAGGGGACAGUCAACGAUAAAGAGCAACAUGGAUGUGUCUCAAUCCUCGCCAGGAAGCCAUUUGUCAGUCACACUGGCUGGUCAUUCAUUGCUGCAGACUUUCAGUCAAUAGAGCUUCGUCUACUUGCCCAUCUGUCCAAUGAUCCUGUCUUACUUCGAGCAUUCAAUAAGAAAGACUGCCAAGAUAUCUUUGCUGAGUUAACCUCCCAGUGGCUGGGGAUACCAAGCACAGAGGUCACCACGUUACAACGAGAAAAGACAAAGAGAAUUGUUUACUCCGUCAUCUAUGGAGUGGGUCCUGACAAGUUGGCCGAGACACUGAGCGUGAGUAGAGAAGAAGCAAAGACCUUCACCAAGAGUUUCCUCAGUACAUUUCGUGGUGUGAGUUCUUUCACAAGGUCCUGCAUCUCCUGCUGUCAGCGUCACGGCUUCGUUCAGACCAUUCUCAAGAGACGUCGUCUUAUACCGAACAUCAACUCAUGUAACUUUCACGUCCGCUCUCAUGCUGAGAGGCAAUGUGUCAACUUUGUGGUCCAAGGUUCAGCAGCUGAUGUAUGUAAGGUAGCUAUGAUUCAAGUGGUACAUGCACUGGCAGCCAGACCAACACUCAAAGCAAGACUUUUAGUACAGAUUCAUGACGAGCUGCUCUUAGAGGUCGCAGAUCAGGAUGUUGAGCAGGUCAAAGGUAUUCUUAAAGCCAAGAUGGAGGUGACAGAGUUUAACUUUGGAUCUGGAGUCCACCUGCAGGUGCCGUUGCCAGUGUCAAUAAGUACAGGGACAAAUUGGGGUCAACUGGAGUAGCACAGUAGCUGUUCCACUGCUUGUUAUACAACUCCAACCACCGCCACAUCCCACGCCAUUCUCUGCCCACUCUUUCCAGCAAUGAACUGUAUGGAUACUCUAGCUGUACAAAAACAUUGAUGACAUCUUCGAGGUUAGGGAAGUUUGCUCAAAAAGCUUACAGCGGUUUUCUGUUAAAACACUAGAGGACCUGUUCUCUCCUUGUGGUCGGGCUGGCUGGUUCAAUGCUGGAAAAACAUUCCUAUUUAAUAUGAAUUGAAUGAAACAACAGUAUACAAAUAUAACAUGGUUUGAGGCUGAAUAUUCCCUGGAGUUGACAAACUAGUUUGACAAACUAGUUUGUCAACUUUAAGUACCGAGGGAGCUCAUAUUUACUGUCCACCAGAAAUAAACCAUGUUAUAUUUGUUCGACUAUACUUCAUACAUAUUCAGUUACCGGAACAAUAUUAUUUUGAGCAAGGUGAAAUGACGACUGAAAUAAAAUGCACCAUGAUAAGUUUUUUCAUGUGUUGAAUGUUGCUAUAGCGAUGUUCGCGCGUGUCUACAACACCCGGGGAACAGUUCCACGAUCGUAAAGCGCAUGACAAGUAGAUUAUUGCCCAGGAAUUAUUCUUCUUGUCAUGCGCAUUUACUAUGUGCGUGAAUACUCGCGUAGUUCAGUUCCAUUAAGAUGUAUAGAAAAGCACUUACUCUUUGCAAUCGAAAGCAAUCUUAAUGACUACUUUGUAAAUAUUAUGCCCUCUUUAAUUAUCUUUUCAUCCAAAAUAAACAUUUUAAGACAUGGCACAUGUUUGUAUCAAUAGUUGAAUACGUAGUAGUUUAAUUAGUACUGUAUACAUUCCACCAUACAAGUUAUUUACAUAUUGUGUUUAAACAAUACUAAGAAUUUCCAUUUGAAUAAAAUAUUAUCACUGUUUAACUCUUUCCUAUAAGUAAUUUGGCUUUGUGUUUCUUGUUCUAAUUGACAAAAGGUUUUGUGUGUAAUGAUAAGAUAAAAAAAAUAGUUUUAAACAAUUUUUUUAAACAAUUUCAUUAAAAAUUAAUUAAGUAUGAAUACAUGUUUUAUCCAUAAUUCAUAUAAGCUAUUAUUGUCUUUUUAGCUACUUUUGUGGUUUAUUAUGCAAAAUUGAAUGUUGCCACAUUUUUUUACCAUUUAAUGCCAAACUGUUAAAAUUGAGUUACUCCUUUUGACUGGAAUACUGAUUCAACGGAAUUCAUUUUCAAAUUAAAUUAAAUGAACCUGGUGUUUAACUAUAAAAAAAGUUUUGCUAAAAAAUAAUUAAUGGGCUUAAUAUUUAUCACUCUUCAAAUAUUCUUAAGUCCUCUCUAACCCAAUCGCUUUACUCAUUAAAAAAAACAGCCUUGCAUGUGCACAGAAAGGACCAAAAAACAUGCUUAAAAUCUUGAAUUGUAAUAAAAAAAAA